UGAUUUGUCGUUCAGUUGAAAACUUGUAAUAUUAGUUAAAUUUUAUUCACUGUAAAACAUGACCUGUGCAGUUAAAGAUAAAACUCAUCUAGCUCGACAUUUUCUAAGCAGUAAAGCCAUGGGAGAGAAUAAUGAAGAGGACAAAAUAAAUAUCUCAGAUGAUACAGACAUAACACCUUAUCUAAUAGGAGAAGACCUUAUAUCAACUGAAUCAACAAAUAAAGUGCAUGGCCCACAAACUAACCUGGACAUGGGAGACGAUGGAUCCAGAGAUGAAGUUAUGUCGAUGUUUGUGAGAACCAGCAAAAGGCUGCAAGACUUGGUGCAAGGCUAUGAAACAAAAGUCAAACAAGCAACAGCGCAUGUCGCAAGUCUGCAGCACCACGUAUACAACCUUCACAAGAAGUUGGCUCACAAAAACAAAGUUAUAAAGGAAGUCAGUGAUCGUUACAUUACAGUGUGCCAAGAAAAAGAAGCAUUGGAAGAGCAUUUAAAAAAGAAAAUAAAUGAGUUGAGCAGCUUAGUGGCAGCCUGCGUGAAGGAGGAUUCGUCUCAGCUGAAACAGCUGCUGAUUCAGCAAGUGGAGAAAAACAAACAUCUGGAGCUUCAGAAUCAACUGCUGAACCAAAAAGUCACCAAUACGCUGCCUCAGAAAAUAUAACAAAAGUUUAAAUUCUAUACAA